GCCGAAUUGAACUCCACGCUGUCGUAUUACAAUAAUUAUUAUUGUUUUCUUUCGCUGUCUAGGCUGUUGUAGCUGGGGCUGGUCUAGGAUCUGGAUAUCCGCACUAUGGUGGAUCUUCAGGAGGCGGCCAUGGUGGGAGGGGAGGGAGGGGUAAGUCACAAACUCGCAGCGGUGCUUUCUAUGGAGACUUCACAAUGCCCCAAGAAUUUGGCAGCUCGGGUGGUGGAGGGACUGGCGACUACGUGGCAACCGGAGGUGGUAUUUUGAAGAUUAUAGCUCGAGAGAUGAUCCACGAUGGUCAGAUUAUGGUGAAUGGAAAAGAUUCGGUGAAGAAUUCUGGAAACGGAGGAGGCAGUGGUGGAAGCGUUUUUAUUCUAGCCGACAGUUUCGAUGGAUCUGGUGUCAUCCAAGUAAACGGAGGAGCUGGAGGAGUCCAUGGUGGAGGUGGAGGUAGCGGUGGAAGGGUAGCUCUGCAUUAUAACUCAUCAUUCUUCUCUGGGAGCGUCUCUGCUUACGGAGGAAACUCGACUGUGGAGGCUGGAGCAGCUGGAACAAUUUACAAGAAAAAUGUGCAGAAGGGAUUUAGUGUUCUUGAGGUCUACAAUCAAGGCAAAAAGCCUUCUGAAGAGGAGAUAGCUGAUUAUUCGGACUUGAGUAGUGAUAGUGCACGGACUUGGAUAUCUUUAAUUACCGACUUGCUUGUCCCAGUGGCCAUAAAUGAUAUAAAUCUCGGCGCAGCCGUUUACGAAGGACUCACAAUUGAUGAGGUCAAGUUAGGCGGGUCAGCUCACCUUGCGAUUCAGCCUGAAAGAAAUACCCUACUGCACACAUUUAGAAGCUUCUACGGUACCUUUGAAGGAAACAAUUUUGGUUAUGUACAUGUCGGACCUCGUCAGGUCCUGACAAUACCGAAUACGGACUACUACAUUCCAGUUAACUUAAAGAUCUACCCGCAAGGCAACAUCAAGCUGCCUAGCAGGGUAAUGCUUCAUAAAAACUCCCUUUCUCUAAAUACUGGAUAUCUCAUUGGGGUUACAGACCUGACAAUUUCACAGUGCACAGUGACAUUUGGAGCCGCCUCGGGAGCAUUACGUACGGGUGCUUUAGAAGAAAUGCAAUUCACGUUCCAGAGAAUAACACUUAUGAGUGAGGGCUCUUUAGAGAUGGCUGCCGUUGAAGCAAAAUACACAUUAAACGUUGAUUCUCUGGUUGUUAACUCUGGUGGAAAGCUGAUAGGACGAAAUCUAACUGUAUUUGCCAAGUCUGUCACGGUGGAGGAGUCAGGAAAAAUAACCUUGGAUGCCCAAGGUGAAAGAUGCCCGAGCACGGAUAUUUAUCUGGCUGGCUCGGGAGGCAGUCAUGCAGGUGAAUCAUUUAAAACUAUCUCUUUAAGUUCAUAAGUCGUGGAGGGGACUUAAACAUUUUAUGAAAGGCCAAACUAUGGCAUCGUAAUUAAUAAAGUAUCCGGGAAAUAUAAUUGAUUAACUUUGCAACAAGAUCAUUGAUUAGCAUUUCGUUCUGAGUAAACCACGAAUAAUCCUGGACGUCUGAUAUAAUUUGAAACCGAAGUUGAGAAUAAAAGCGAUGCAUUCAAGGAGAUUGGCUUGUUGUUCCAUAGUUAAAUGGCCUCGCAAGAACUUUACAUUUCCAAUCACCUGAAUAUAAUGAAAAAAAAUGAUGCGCAUAUUGCUAGACUCUAACGUCACUUACUGUCGUUUUUGGUGACUUGUUUCUCUAAAUGCUUAUUUGAAACAUGUCAUUCAGGUUACGGAGGACUCGGAUUCGGCGGCUGGCGAAAAGACCCAUUUGAUUCAGUAUUUCUUCCAACUUCUUUCGGAAAAGCUGGGUAUGCCGGGCGGUCUGACUCAAGCUGUGCAAGUGGUAAUGGAGGAGGAGUCCUGAAUUUAACCGUUAGUGGAACGCUACAAAUUUAUGGGGAGAUCUCAUCCAGGUAACGCUCGAACUUUUUCCACUCUAAUAUCAAUUAGUCAAGCUAGGUUUUUGCUUUGUCGCGCCUUCAUUUCGGUCGAACACUAAAUUUUACCUCAAUCUGUCUGGUAUGAUAUCAAGUUUGGAAACUUAAACCGUCCACUUGAUGACUUCAGAAAGGCGUCCAUUCAUUUGUUGGUUUAUAUCCACCUUUACUCUUUCAAAUAGAUACUUGUCUCGCAAACCCUCUAGAAACUUGGUGUUAAUAGCUCCACUGAAGUCACUGAAGUUACGCCGCGACGGGCGAGGUUAGGAACUGGAUGGCUGACCAGCCGCAAAUUUCCUGUCGUGAAGAACCCUACUUCUUCUUAUUUCUAUUCUUUAUUUCAUCUACCUGUUUUAUUUUCAUAUGUAUAUUGCAAAGCACAUUUAGUAUUAUUUCGUUCGCGGGAUGAAAACAACAACAACAAAACACGGCACGUUUGCAUGAGAGCUGAACUCAGGUUCAACAGCCGAGUACGUGGUUAUAACCAGUAAAUUGUCCGUUAGCUUAAUGCAACAUCUAUGAAAAAUUUGUUGGGAAAUCAGCAAGGCUUUCACGGUAAAAGGCCGAACUGAAACGAACUUCCUAUACACAUAGCAGUGAGAGGCAGGCUCGUCUGCGAAAUGAGAGGCGAUACAAUUGUUGAUUUCUGCUCGUAUGUUGAGGCUGAUGGUUGAAAUCACUUCAGUGUUGUCUGUAAAGAGCCUCUGCCGCCGAAGUUCAUCAAGCAGAAAGCAUUUCUUGAUCGCCAAAACGGCCGCAAAAACAAUGGACAAAAGUUGUCGCUAAAUGGCGUCAUUGCGGACACCAACCAGAUAUGUAAUAUUAACAGCAAUGUACAAAGGCUGAUCAGAAUAACAUGCAAAAUGUUUUGCAAUGUACACUGAGACGGAAAUCUAGAAAUCGAGCAAGAAGAUUUUGUUAACGGAAAUAUUUGUUGCAGAGAAAAUUAUUCGUACACGUCAUAGCGAAGCUUAUCUCGCGUAAAUGGUAACACCCUCUUGGGUUCCACUACCUUCAUAUAAAUGUUCUCGUUGGUUGAUUAUGUUAUAUAACAAAAUGUAAACGGCUUAGCGUGUACUACUGACCUACGGAUGUACUUAGAUAAUUAAGGGCUGCAAGAAUCUGUCAUUAGCCCCUUUUUAAACAGGGGUGAUCAGUUCUCUGCUUCCAUAUUUGGGCAAAGUAUUUGCCCAAAUAUUCGAUUCUAGACAAAUAAGGGGAAUUUAGACGCUUUAGGGUUAUAUGCACCGGGCCUUAGUUAUAGCAGUCUGGUGUAACCUAGCCGAAAGUUAGUCCUGUGUACUCUGAGUUUGAAAUAACGUUACAUUUAUUUUCAUCUUUGGCAGAGGAGAGAAUUCUAAAGCCUCUGAAAGUGGUGGUGGAGCAGGAGGCAGUCUGCUCAUAAAUGCCAGCUUCAUCAAGGGCACGGGAUUGUUCGAUGUUCGUGGCGGUGAUGGUGGAGCGUCAACGGGUGGGGGUGGAAGCGGAGGUAUAACUGCAGUUUACUGCAAGACAUCACCAUUUCAUUUUUCCUACACACUUCAUGGGGGCAGCGGAAAGAAGGUAGGAGCCUCCGGGUUUCUUUACUCGAAGACGACUCAGACACAAGCAGAGCAGUCAGAACUGAUCUUGCAGGGAGGUGGUGUGUUAGCGUUCGAGUCGCCAAGCCUACUUGUUUGUGAUCCACAGCAGAUCGAUUACACUUUUGACAAGAUUACGCUACUAAAAUCUAGCACGUUAUCUAUGGUAUCUUGCUCUCCAGGAGGACCCAUGACGCUGAUAACCAGAAAAAUCUCUGGUGACAAAACAGCUUGGCUUGUAAUUAAAGCAAAUCACGAUGUUUAUGCCGGCGUAACGGGUGAUGUUUUACCAUCCAUGGAACUUGAAUUUAACACUGAAAUAAAAGAUGGGGGUACGCUUUCCGUGCCACGUAGUUUCCUUAUUAGUAGUGACACCCAGGUUACUCUUACUGGUAGCCUUGUUGGAAUAUCCGAUCUGACCAUAGCCAACAAAGGACGACUUCUCCUCAAAUAUCCUGGACACACUGGUUUUAGGCAAACUCCCAAUCAGGGAGUAUCAGCAAUACAGCUUACAUCCUUACGGAUAAAAGAUGGUGGCAGCGUUACAUCAUCCUCGCCAAAUAAGGUUAAACUGGUUAGCUCUUUGUUACAGCUGGACCAUGGCGCAAAACUUGGAUCUGAUAUACCCCUUACAGUCCAGAAACGGGUCGAUCACACUAGUGGACCCUCUCUUAACAGACAAGACUGCCCCCAUGGAUAUGAAGUCGUUGCAUUAGCGUCCAAAACCUUGUAUAACCCCUGUGGUGUAGGUAAACAUAUUUACAAGAAAAGAAACGAGUCAUACUUGGUUUUCAAUAACGUCUCUGUUGCUAUAUCUGCAAAUGAAACCGCAUAUGUCAUCAUAAACGAGACACAUUAUAACGUCACUUACUUCAUCGCUUGUGAUUACGAUAACUUCAAACUUUUUCCAGGCCAAUGGUGCAGCUUGGCGCUAGGAAACUACAAGUACAAUUCUUUGGAAAUACAAGGAGACGCAACGAUGUAUAUUGAAGCAGGAACAAACAGGAAUAGUGCAAGCACGUUAAAUGUCUCUACGCUGACCGUUUAUUCUGGUGGAUCGAUUGUCGCAAAGAUGUCGACCUUUGCUAAUCCAAUUCCAGCGUCUUCUAAAAACGGUGGAAGCUAUGGAGGACUUGGCGGAGGCGAUUCUAACAACCAGUCCCUUUACGGUAAUAUUUCAUACCCAACUGACUAUGGGUCUAUUGGUGGUGGUAGCAGUCAAGACCAGGGAGAGGGCGGUGGUGUUGUUAUCCUCAACACUGGGGACUUGAUCAACGACGGACUCAUUGAAGCCAGUGGAGGAGCAGGAUCCUCAGGAAACGGCGGUGGCAGCGGGGGAAGCAUCCAAGUAAUAACCGGUUUCCUGACAGGAUCUGGCGUCUUCAGGGCUCGUGGCGGAGAUGCCAGUUUUCCAGCAGGAGGAGGAGGUGGGGGUAGAAUUGGUGUAACUGUUCUUCAAGGUCAAAGCGCUUUUACUGGUGUGUACGACGCUACUGGUGGUAAAGGGCAUAAAGCCGGAGCUUCGGGAACAAUUCUUAUUCUGGAUCAAAGAAAGGACACUUUUUAUAAAACGCUCAUUUUCUGGAACAAAGGGAGCGGAUACCCUCCAGCUCGUCUGCCAGGCCUUUUUCCGUCCCACACGUACGAUGAAAUGCGUUUAGAAAAGAACGGAACUUUUCUAUCAACAGCUCAGUCAAUGACGAUCAAGAGUUUUUCUACAGAUGGAACUGGGAAGCUUACAGUCUCGAAUGGCAGUAGAAUUGAUAUCCAUAACUUUCCAUCGUCAACCAAACAAUUUUCAUGUGAUCUUGAAGUACAAGCAGGCGGUUUCUUGUAUAUUCAUAGUCAACCUGUUUUUGUGGGUCCAAGCUCGCCUACGGUCGUCGUUGCUGGGGUUUUGGAUGUAGUGGCACCUAUACUUGGCAUUGGCAAGGUUUUUAACGUGGCUUCAUCAGGACAACUGAGAACACCCAGCUUAGAGCUUCUAAAGAAUUCUUUACUGCAGGUGAAUGCUCAUGGUAUGGUCACAAAACGUUUAGCACAGCUGCAGUUUCAUCUUACCUCUUUAAGGCUGCACACAAAUGCACGACUUACUUUUUCCCAAGACAAUGUCACACUAAAGGCGGAUUCAAUACAUCUAAGCAAGGGAGCUAGAAUAACGACUGCAGCAAGUAUGAAGUUUCUUAAUAUCACUGCUACUAAUAUUAUCUUAGAUCACCAAGCUAAAGUAACAUCUGAUUUUGGUGGUUUCCUUGGCGGUCCAGGUGCAGCUCAAAAUCUUGGCAGCGGAGGUGGCCAUGGAGGAGAAGGUGGGGGAUCCCAGGGAGGAGCCUCGUACGGAUCAGUAUUUGAACCACUACAUUAUGGCAGUGGUAACAGCGCUCGUGGUGGUGGAAUUAUUUUUAUUGACGUCACAGAAAAGAUGAAUUUAUAUGGAACAAUUAGUGCUAACGGUGCAGAUAAUUGGAGUGGUGGUGGCAGUGGAGGUAGUGUGUUUUUGCGGUCAGGGACUUUGCAUGGUCAUGGUGAGAUUGUAUCUAAUGGAGGCAAGGGACUUGGUGCUGCAUCAGGUGGGUCCGGCGGUCGCAUUGCGCUGUAUGUAACAGAUAAGUCUCCAUUCAAAGGAACUCUCACUACUUUUGGAGGGUGCGGGUCUGCGUGUGGAGCAGCUGGGACAAUAUUCAUCCGAGAAUAUGUCAUUGGACUGCCCCUUAAUUCUACGAUCGUAGACAACGGAAACAGGAAAACUGACGCGAACACAAUUGUCAUGCACGAAAAGAAAGUUUCGUAUACAAUGCAGCUCCUUAAACUACUUAAUGGAGCUCGUCUUAAAGUGGCAAAGGUUACGAAUGCAGAAAUGAAGAUAGCGAUUCAAAACCUUGAAGGCGAUGGUAGUGGAAGUGUUCACGUACAACGUAACCAGACGCUUACUCUAGGUGCUGGUAAAGCUGUUACUACACGGCCAUUUGUUUUCCCCUGGGCGAUGGUGGUUGAUGAGGGAGCGACGCUGAAUCUUGCACCAGUCCUUUUUAUAACAAGAACGGUAAUUACGCCUUCCCUUUACUUAGCUGGAAAGCUUACUGGUGGACAAGAAGUUAAUGUGGGCCAAAGUGCCUCCGUUGUUAUUGCAAAAACUGGAACUAUUGGAACAUUCGCCUUUACACCUGGCGUUUACUCUUUUCGGUCUCUAAAAGUUUCAAGUGGAGGGUGGAUAAAAUUUGAAGUAGAUAACGUUGCAAAAGUGCCUGUAGAACUCCACUCGGUGUUAAUCGAUGUAGGGUUUGGCGGAACUUUAGAAGGAAGGUACCUAAAAGUGAAAACACCAACACUUAAUGUUGCCUUUAACGGCACUCUAAGAGCAGACGGGUUAGGCAAUCCGGCUGGAGUUGGGGUUGGUGCCGGAAGUUCCUCGUCGCUGACGGGUGGUGGUUAUGGAGGCUGUGGUGGUGGUAAUACUAUCCAAAGCUGUAUUGUCUAUGGUUCCGUAUUUCAAGCAGCAGAGUUCGGUAGUGGAGGUGGUACAUCACAACCCCGUAGUGGUCAUGGUACGGGAGGGGGCAUCAUACAUGUACAGGCAUCAGAUUUGGUUGUUGAUGGAUUGAUAUCGUCGAACGGUCAGGAUGCGGACAGCACAAGUACUGGUGGUGGUAGUGGAGGAAGUGUAGACAUUGCCAUCACUGGAAAGUUCAGUGGCCGCGGACAAAUUGAAACUAAAGGAGGCAAUGGAAUCGGUAGCGUGACAGGUGCGGGCGGGGGUGGUCGCAUCUCUUUAUUUAUUACAGGCGAUGACGAGUUUAGUGGCACUUUCAGGGCACGAGGUGGUAAUUCUCAAGAUAAAAGUGGAUCACCAGGAACUGUAUACAUCGAGGUUGGGAAAACGGCACUCCGCACUAAAAAACUUUAUGUCGAUAAUACCGGCAUAAUGUCUAACUUCUCUGUUCCAGUUCUUCUAAACCAAUCGUUAGUGGCUUUGUAUGAUUUUACAGAACUUCGUUUAUAUGGAAAAGUAACGCUUCAUCUGGAAAAGAACAUGCAGGUCGGAAAGUUAAUAACUGACUCUAACAGUGUCAUCUAUGUGAAAGAUAAUGUUGUAUUCACUGCUGAGCCAGGGUCUCGGUAUUUGCAACCUUAUUGCAGCUUUCACGUGGACCCUGAUGGAGAGAUUCGAAUUCCAGACGAGGUGAUGUUUCUGGGAAAUAAUAAUAUUUUUAAAGGAACGUUGACCGGUAUCCUAGACAUGAUAAUUGGAGAGAAUAGAAAAGUGACUUUUUCAUCUUCAGCGCGGACGGCUCGACUUAUUGAUGGGGAGUACACAUUCAUAACAAACCGAGGAGAAUACAGGUUUUCCUCACUCAGAUUAAAGAGUGAUGCUUUUCUGACGUUUGAUAAUGCCAGAUUGUCAAGAGUUCCUCUUACAGUCGGUAGGCUUGAAUUAAACUUUGGAGCUACAUUACAAGCCAGCUGGCUACAUAUGAAGGCUUCUGAUGUUGUUAUACACGACGGAGCUGUACUGGAUCUGUCUGCACAAGGACAUGACAGCGAGAGUGGGCCAGGAGCAGGAGGACGAUAUCAGUCUUCUGGAACUGGUGCUGGACACGGUGGUUAUGGUGGACUUACAACGGGGAAUUUAGGGGCGUGGUACGGAUCAGCCUUUAAUCCAAAUGGCACUGGCAGUGGUGGGGGUACCUCUAAUUACGGAGCCGGAGGAAAAGGAGGUGGCUAUCUUCGUCUGACAAUUGUUAGAAGACUAUUCCUCGAAGGAACAAUAACGGUGAGCGGAACGAGUGGAGAGGCGACUAACAGUGGAGGCGGUAGUGGUGGAAGCAUCUGGAUCUCGGCAGAUGACAUUCUUGGAAAUGGUUUUAUUGCAUCAAGAGGUGGCAGUGGAAAACUAAAUGGAGGUGGGGGUAGUGGUGGAAGAAUUGGCAUCUACUUGCAGAAACCCAUGAGUUUUGAGGGUACCUUGAAUGCAGAAGGAGGUAGUGGACAACAGGCAGGUGCUGCAGGGACUCUUUACAUUCAAGAUAACGAAAAGUUUGUCCCACGAAGGCGUCUGUUUAUUAAGAACCUCGUGUCGGCCCCUAAUAAACCACAAACAGUACUUUAUGAAGCUGAAAUUGUUGAUUACUGUUUUGAUGAACUACAACUAAAAGGCAGGUCUCGAUUCGAGAUUUACAAUUUACGUCGACUUUUGCAAACAAUCCAAGUGACGAACUUCGUUUCUGAUGGCACUGGAGAAAUUGCCAUCAGGGAAAAUCAAACCAUGUUAGCAGCGGUUCUGGAAGCAAAAGAAAGUCACUUGACCUUAACAACUAACAUUUAUGUGGAGAGGGGUGCCAACCUAGUUAUGGCUUCAAAUCUCACUGUAGACGGCGCCAAGCUAACACUGGAUGGCAAACUAUCAAAUGUUAGGCAUCUUGUCGUCGAGUCAGGAAGCGCUGUGAAAUUUGGAAGUACCUCGCAGACAACGCUAAUGGAAAACAAACGGUUUGUUUUUCAGAGUGAUCCAGGGACGCAACAGUUCGCGAGUGUGACUUUGAAAAGUGGCUCCGACUUUGGCGCUCCCUUAAAUUUGAAAAUAAUCGUAGGAAAAUUGGAUAUGAAGAGUGGAGUCGUUCUUCGUGGAAAUUUUGUUGAUAUCAAAUCGAAAACGCUGAUCGUUGGACGUGGUGCGACUCUAACGACAAACAACAGCAUUAAUUCACAAGAAAAUGACGGGGUCGAGGGGCGAACAUCAGUUAACGGCGGUUCUGGCGGUGGGCAUGCAAGUGCUGGCGGAGAGGGAUAUAAUGGGUUGAUCGGAGGUAAUCCAUAUGGCACACUUUACAAACCAGAUAAACCAGGUAGGCCUGGUGGGAAUGGCAGCUUGGUAGGGACAGCAGGCAAAGGUGGCGGAGUAAUUCGUAUUGACACGGACACCCUUGAAAACGACGGAUUUAUCUCAGCAAACGGUGGACAUGCAUCCCAAGGGUCUCUCGCGGGAGGAGGAAGUGGUGGAAGUGUGUUCAUCUCUAUAGAAACUACCUUAUCUGGAACAGGUACAGUGUCUGCUAAUGGAGGAAAGGGUGAUGGUGCUGGAGGGGGCGGUGCCGGCGGGCGAAUUGGGAUUCAUCUUAAAACUCAGUACGCUUAUCGUGGAGCUUUGCAAGCCCUAGGUGGAAUUUCAACCAGCAGUGUUGCUUCCGGUGGACCUGGAACAGUGUACAUACAGGACGUCCGUUUAAAGCUCCCCUUCAAUCAGUUACACAUUGACAACCAAGGACAACGCUGGGAACAGUAUGUUACACUGAAUGAGAACAAGACAUCAUAUCGUUUCGAUGAACUUCACUUGGUUCGCAAGGCAUCCUUACGGAUUCUUCCAGAUUCUAACUCACAACGUGUUUCAAACUUGAGUAUUGCGAAAAUUUACGGUGAUCGCUCUGGUCUGUUACAUCUUUACCGAAACCAUAAAGCGAUCAUAGAAGUCGUAGAGGCCCAAUUGACAACGACUAAGACUCCUGUAAAUUUUAGAAUUGAUAGUGGAGCUGAAGCUGUCAUGGCAACAACUGUUUAUAUAGUUGGUGACGGUGCAGUAGCUUUAAAUUGUAACGGAACGUUGAAUGGAAUCCGUAACCUGUACGUCACUCAAAGACGGGUCGUCAAAUUUCAGAAAGGAUCAAGAACAUUACGGGACAAUGAGCCACCGGGAACGUUCAUGUUUUCAAACGCUAGAUUAUUCAGUGGUAGUUCGGUAACGAUGGAGGAUGAAAUCGAGAUGAAGAUGAUUGUUGGAUUUUUGAAUGUGAAAUUCCACGCGGCUUUGGAAGCCCAUCAUUUAAACAUUGUCACUUCGAGCCUCGAUGUAGAAACAGGAGGACUUUUGAGUGCUGCUGGUAGUAAUAAAGCGCGCAGGGCUGUUCCAUCUAGCGAAGUAUCUUCUCUUCCUCAAGGUUCAGGAGCGGGACAUUCUAGUAACGGUGGGGCAGGUUACCAGGGAGCUGUCGGGGGUUCUUACUAUGGCUCUCUCUACCAACCCAAAGAAUCCGGCCGCAGGGGUGGAAGUGGACCACACAGUCACGAAAUUGGUGGAAGUGGAGGUGGCUGUGUUAAAAUCGUGGCAGGAACGUUAAUUACCAAUGAUGGUUCCAUUACGGCCGAAGGUGGAAGUGCUGUAAAUGGUAGCGGCGCCGGAGGUGGAAGUGGAGGAAGUCUGCUACUCAACACAGACAGAUUUACAGGUAUAAUGUUAAAAAUCUUUUUAACAACUUUUUUUACAACUUUUGCAUUGUAAUGUUACCUUAAUUCAUUGACUAAUGAUUGGCAUUCUUCUCUUUAACAGGAUUUUGGACGAAGGCUUUUACCUAAACAUGCGCUUUAACUAAGCAUUAUUUUGCUAUAAAUGUUAAAAUUCGCAAACUCAUUCUCCGAACGCUAUUGUCUGUGUGAAACUAGACAUUGAAAAUUGCAGUACUUAUAUUUCUUUUUUCGCGCGCGCGAUUUUGUGAGAAAUGUGACCUUUUGUUAUUUCCACAAUAUAGAUUAGCACGCCAUCUAUAGUUAUUGAUGUGGAAGAAACAAAAGUGUUGUCGAUUUAAGUUGUUAUAACAUUAUAAUUAUAAAGAGACGUCGACAUGAUAAAACAGAUAUUGGUCUGUAAUGAUGUAAAUCCAUUUCUUCGCUGGCACUUUUUUGGCAGUUGAGUAAUUACUACAGCCAACCAACUCUUGUUCGACUUUUUAAGGAUAUGGAGAGCUUAACACCAAUGGUGGUAACGGGGGUGGAUCCAACGCUGGAGGAGGCUCAGGAGGGCGAAUAGCAAUUUAUUCAAACGUAAAUACCUACAGAGGUACCUAUGUGUCCUUUGGCGGAAGCUCUGUUUCAGGUGCACACGGAGGACCAGGCACUGUGUUUUUGAGGGACGUUCGGUCACAGAGGCCGUUCACACAGCUUAGGUUGGUUUGAGUCAGAACUGAUUAAAUUCUUUUUGUACAAAAAAUUUAUCGUUAUCCUUUUAACCCGGAAGUGCUAAUGAAGAUAUCAUUGCGGGGAAAUGUGAAAAGUGAACAUGUGAGGUCAGCAAAAGCAAGUAAACAGAAAACUGAUCACUUAACUUUUCACGCUUAGCUCUUGGUCAGGAAUUUGAACCGAAAAUUACUGUUCUGUGCACUGACCGUAAUACCAUCACAUCUUCCUGAAUUUGGCUAGUCUUCAACGUAGGAUAAAAUAACACAAAGUUAUAGUGAUUUCAUCACGGAAUAGGGUCCUGACGUUACGUAUAUCCGUUGUAAAAAAAUGCAAGUCCCAUGGCACUUGGUUCUAUCGCAUGUCAGCUGUUGAAGAAAUAUUAUAACUAAAAAAAAAUCCUUAGUUGGAAACUAGCGUUUAUUUCUUGGUCGCCUUUUGUUAAGUGGAAGAGAAAACUGCUUUUAGGCGAAGAGCUUUUGUGACGCUAAAGUCGUUGCUAACAGGUUAUUUUCUCUUUUACAGAAUUGACAACCUAAUGCGAUCAGUUAACGAUCCAGUAACAAUCGAUGAAACAAAUAUCACUUCGCAUAGUUUUUCAGAAGUCCAUUUGUUCCGAAGAGCAGCGCUUAACAUGGCUGUGCGACAGGAGAGAACGGUUCUAAACAUGGCGAGCUUGAUUGGUGAUCGCACAGGACUUCUUCAUUCACGUGCUAAUCAGAGAAUCUAUCUGGAGGUUUCCAGCACCGAACACAGCGUUUCCAAACCUGCAGUAAACCUAAGAGUUGACAAUAACGCUGAGAUGGUGUUUGGUGCAUCACUGUACGUUAUUGGUGACGGUGCGAAGGGAACUGAUCAAAUUUCGGGAGAAUCUUCGUUUACGCUUGAUGGAAGAAUGAUAGAUGUCACACACUUAUUCAUCACCAAACGAUUAAAGUCGAGAUUCCAGUCACACGCCCAUUCGGCCGAUUUCUAUAAUGGAACACUCAAUGUUGCUGCUCCAGGAACGUUUGUUUUAGCCACGUUUGAAAUUCAAGAUGGCUCCCAGGUAUAUUUCCCUGACUACCGAGGAAUGCAGUGUGAAGUUGGUCUCCUCCACAUGAAAUACGGCUCCGUCAUUGUCGCAGAUACGUACCGUGUCAGCAUCACAUCUCUUCUACUUGAAACCGGAAGUAGAAUCACCGCCUCUGGGACAGAUCGGCCCAGUCCUUAUGACCCUAAUGGUCUGCCGAGUUCGUGCAGGGGUUCCGGGGGAAGUUAUGGCAGUAAAGGAGGGAAAGGUAAGGUGGAUAAAAGUACGAAACUCUUCCCACCUAACUGUUGCACCCGCAAAAAAGAACAAGAAACAAUAACUAGUCGCCUACUUUGGUGUACUUCAGUAGUGCUCCGUACCUCCACUAGCCACUGACACUGAGGUGAAUAAUUGCUUUAGUAUAUACUAAGACAGUGAGAUAAUUGAGCACAAAAAUGAUGAUUUUUAACUCAUUUACUGUUGCCAACGAUUACAAUUUUGGCGCGCAAAUGACUGAACGGCCGUCGCGUUUUCUUUGCCGACAAAUAAAACUUUUGAAGGCAUUUGUUUAGCUCUUGCGGGGAAAUUUCUUCAAAACGAGUUGUGAAUUCUUUUUGUAUUUGAAACCAUUCUAUAAAAAAAGAAAACUAUUGAAUUUAGUUUUAAGCUUAUUUAUGAACAUGUCAGUUAAAUAACGUAAUGCAAGACUUAUUUUGCAUUUGUAAGCAAAAAACGUUUUCUCUGGUUUCAUCGAUAAAUUAGGUAUUUUUUUUAGGUAUUUUAUUUAUUUGCCACACGAUUACAAUAAUUACAAAAAGAUGCUAAAAAAAAAAAUGUUGGAAGAGAUGGCGAGGAGGCCUAAACGAAACUAUAGAGCUUAUGUUAAUUAGGCCUCCUCGAUUACAAUUUUUCCAAGAUGGCAUAAAAAUUACGGCGACGGAUACAAUAUAAUAUCAGGUGAAAAAUUAAACUAAUCAAUAUUACGGAAGUUUACAAAUGUUGAAUAUUAAGAGGCUUUUUCCCAAGAUUUUUGUUGGAGUAUACUAAUAAUUAUUACAAAUAAUUAUUACUAAUAAUUAUUACAAGUCAAACAGACAAAGCUCUACUUGUUAAAACUUCCAAAUCGACUUUCAUCACCUUUUUCGUGCAUUUCGGGAACAGCUUGUUUGAUUAUUUGUGAAAUUUCUUUGUUUGUUAUGACAGCACACCGGGAAGCCAUUUUGCUCGUAAGUACGAGAGUUCGGCGCCGCUCCCUCGGAGGGGCUGGAGGUGAAUCAGUGAAUAGCACUGGAUAUCCCGAGUUUGAGUUGCCAAUCAGAGUGCGUGAAAAGUACUAUCCACACUGUUUUAGUAUAUACUAAAAAUAAAUAUUGUGGUGAGAAAAUAAUCAUUCUGUUUUGUAGGCCAUACUGGCGUUAACGAGCUUCUCUCUGGUGGGAGUCUUUUCACACCUAAAAUGUAUGGUACUCCCGGAUGCCGUGGUAGCAGUGAUGGCGGCAAAGGUGGUGGGCUGAUCUACAUGGACAUCGGCGACAACCUCUACGUGGAUGGCACUAUAGACUGUAAUGGUCAGGACGCAAACAGCGGAGCGAAUGCUGGAGGUGGCAGUGGAGGAAGCAUCUGGAUUAAAUGCGGGCGUUUCAGCGGUCACGGAUCAAUCACUGCUAAUGGCGGUGCAGGGGAUGGUUUGAAUUCGGGUGGUGGAUCUGGAGGUCGCAUCGCCAUUCACACACCAACAGAGAAUAAGUAUCUGGGUCAGUACACUGCUGUUGGAGGGGAAGCUGGUGAUAAGUCCAAGGACUUGACUCUGUACGCAGGGGGACCUGGCACAGUGUAUCUUAAAGAUACGCGAAAUCAGUACUCGCACACACAGCUUCGGUUGGAUAACAAAGGGAGAACCUGGGAUCAUUAUGUCACCCUCAAUGGAAGUCUGACUUCAUACACUUUUGACGAAGUUCAUCUUGUUCAAAAGGCUGCUCUUCACCUGGCACCAGAUGGCAGGCGUUUGAACUUGACAGUUCACAAAGUUGAGGGAGACAGAACUGGGUUGAUUCACGUACACGCGAACCAGACGCUCAAAGCGGAGUUCCUAGAUGGAGUAUACACAAUUACUAGGACGCAUGCUAAUUUCAAACUAGACAAAGGUUCCAACGCCAUCAUGGCAACGUCUGUGCAUAUUGUUGGCCGAGGUGACGUAGCCCUUGAAUGGAACGGUCGCCUGAUCAACGUCCAACACUUUUAUGUGGCUUAUGAACGCACCAUAAAGAUUGGGUUUUAUGCUCAUACUGCAGGAAUCGCUGCUGGAAAAUAUAGGUUUAUUGAUGAUCACGGUACAUUCACUUUCUCAACGCUGGAGUUUGGCAGUGGUACCGUUGUACAUUAUCCACCACCAAUGGGAGUUCGCUUUAUUGUCAGUCUUUUGGUACGUAUGAAGCUAGGUUAUUAAGAAAGUAAACGUUAGCUUUUAAAUCAGCCUCAGACCGAUUCUCAGUUAAGAACUCUUUGGUAAGCAAUAGCAAACUGGUCAACUAAUCAUCUUCAAAAUAAGGAAUAAACAUUGGAAAUAUAAGAACGAAAUUUAAGCACUAAUCAGUCUAUUCCCGUGCACAGCAGUCAAAUAAGAGAGACUCUCGCAAAUCCAACUCAGCAGAUAAAAAAUUUCCAGUGACCUAAAUGGGAUUUUAAGGUACGAAAUCCGAAUUUCAAUUCUGUGACUCGAAAAACUGGACAUCCUGCCCCGCUAUGUGCCAAGUACAAGUGUAGCAAGUCUCUUCCAAAUAGUCUCCUUUUUCAGAAAUGAAAAAAAGGAAACUUCACAUGUUCACCACAAAAAAGGAACGUUAGUAUUUAAAAGGUUAAACGCAAAAAAAGUGUCUCCUAGCCUUUGACUUAACAUGUCAAGUAACACCGUUAUGGCAAUGCUUAGGCCUUAUUAUAUUCCUAGGUGGCAAAUAAAGACAGUAAUCCUUUAAAAACGUUUUCUGUAUGGCUACCAGGUCAAAUCAAAACUCCUUUAAGAUGAGCUGUUUUUCUAAUGCCAUUAUUAUCACUUUUAAUUCGUCAGCGGUAGUUUAAAUACUCGUGCAGGAAGAAUUUCCUAAAGGUGAUAACUUUUAAGAUCUAAUCAUGAAACUUUUUUUCAUGCAGGACAUCAAAUUCAAUUCUUACUUCAAAGCUGAAUUCUUUGAAAUUGAAGCCACCGAUUUUUACCUGGAGCCGGACGCAAGGCUCGAUUGCUCAGGGAGAGGAUUCCUGAACGAAACUGAUGGGUCAGGGCAGGAUUCUGUCUUCGGCGGAUCCGGAGCGGGACACGGGAGCCCUGGGGGUGACGGAGGCCAGGUCAGCGGAGGCGAGGAAGUGGGAUCUGUGUAUGAACCUGUACUGCCUGGUGCUAGAGGCGGAAGUGGUACUGGGGGUGUAGCCGGCAGCAGGGGUGGGGGGCGAGUUCGUGUCGUGGUUGGAUAUGCCUUACGAUUGGAUGGUAUUAUUGAUGUGGACGCCGACAGCGCUCCUACAAAUUCAGGUCAGUGAAGUAGAUUUAUCCUGUAACGGUCGUCGUCUGACUAAGUAAGUUAACACCUUUACGAAAACAGAAAAAGUGGUUUCCAACUGUUGGUAUUUUAAAUUUGGAUGUUCAUACGAGAGAUGGGACUCUAAAGAAGGGAAUGAAAGAUGAAACUUUCUUUUUUAGCUGUUACGCGACAAAUAAAAAUUUAAGAAAAGAGUUUAACAGAAUCCUACAGUCCAUCCCAUAUUUAUUCCGGAAUGAUUUCAAAAAAUUUGGAAUUGUCUGGGGUUUUUGCAUUCCUGGAACAUCAUCUUUGCUUUCUUUCAAAUGUUCAGUCAUUCAUUAUUAAUGUUUAAGGAGGUGGAGGUGGAAGUGGUGGAAGUGUCUGGAUCACAACAAGCUACCUUCGUGGCCAUGGGUCUAUAUCUGCUCGCGGAGGGACUGGUAACACCUUCAAUUCUGCUACCGGUGGAAGCGGCUCAGGAGGACGGAUUGCAGUUCACGUGACUAUAAAAGACGAGUAUAGAGGUGGUUUUUAUGCUUUGGGAGGAGUGUCAUCAGGGGUACAACACGGUGGACCUGGAACUGUGUACGUGGAGGAAGUGAGAGGGGAUCGUUUAUUCAGACGAUUGUACAUUGACAAUCAGAAUGCAAACCCGCCUAAGGUGUUCCUUCUGGACGAGAUGAAUCCUAAGACGAUAAAGAGGAAUGCUACAGAGGAAAAUGGUGCAGAUUUUGGAUUCGAUGAAUUGAUGCUGCAAGGAGACGUAAGUAGUAAGGAAUAAUGUGUCAUUUUCUGACAUGCGACGCGACGAAAAAUAUUUUUACGAAGCGAUCUCCCAAUUGAGGAAUGGUACAGUUUUUCUACUAGGGUACAAGACAUUAUACUUGCUCUUAUCCACUACCUUUAACGUUUCUUCCGCAUGCACUGACCAAUUGCAACAACAUGCCUUUGUAUUAUGCUCGAAACAGGUUUGCUUUAUGUAAGAUAGAAACAUUUAUUUGAAUGGGGUAAUUCUUUUUGUUUAUGUACAUUUACUAGCUGAAUAGCCUUGGUUUUUUUUUUCAGAUUAGUUUUUUGGAGGGGUUUAGGGAGGAAGUUGCGACACUUGUUUACAAACGUGAUUGUAACAAACUUUGGGAUGAAUAAUGUUAUCUUAUAGAGCCGUUUCACUCACGUGGCCAGCAUCUAUGAACAUUUAUCAAAGAAAGGGAGCUUUUAAAUAAGAAAAAGUUCAACUCCCACAGGAUCGGUUUAGGACACCAACAUGCCCGCCGUUUCAUUGUUUCAGGACACCAAUAUGGCGGAAUUGAUGUCCACUGAAAACGCUCCAUACACAGGAAGAUGCUGAAUGCAAAUCGAUUGUAAAUUCAAUUCAUUAAAUAGACGAUCGCAAAGACUGGCUAAAAUAACAUCCUUUCUUUAUCAAAUUUCAGGCUAUUUUCAGGAUUGCAGAACUGGGAUUGAACAAACGUGCGUCCAUCUCCGUUGUAACUGUUCUUGGAGAUGGCUCGUCUGUUAUACAUGUCAUGAAAAACCAGGUCUUCUUUAUCGAGUAUGAAGAGUUCACGAGGCGAAGAUCCUUCCCUCCAGUGAAUUUCAAGGUAGAUUAUUUGGGUGAAAUAAUGCUAGUCUCUGAUGUCCAUGUUGCUGGAAAGAAGAAUCCGGCGUUUGAACUCGAAGGGCGAAUUACUGGAGUAUCUAAUCUGACGCUGACAGAGGGACGUGUCUUCCUAGGUAAGAAAGGGUCCAUCGUUGGAAUAAAAAAGGAAGCAAAUGUUCGAGCACGGAAACUUUUAGGCAUGUGUCAUAGGCCUUUUAUAAGUAUAUUAAUGCAAGUAUCACGAAGUAACUUUCACAAAAAUGGCCCUCCAGCGAUUAUUAAGCGACUACUUUGAAGACGAUGAUGCUUUUCUGUCUUAUCUAUACUUAUUCAAAAAACUUCCUUUCUGAAUGUUCUUAUUGGAUGUAUUUUUGGCUUUAGAGUCCAUUUUAAAAACUCUUAAACAUCAAUGGGAAAAUCACGUACUAUUGUUUUUAUUGAGCUUCGUUGAGGUAGUCAGACGUUUAAAUUUCACGAGAAACAGGUUCAACGAAGAGGCAAACUACAUUGAACAGCAUAACCGACAACUCUAAAAGAACAAACGUUGAAUAACUUCUAUAUGAAUAGCACAUAUCUAGAGUACCCCCAAACAACAACGGCUCUUGCUGAUACAUCACCCGCACUUUUAAGGUGAAAGUCCAUUUUAAAAACAAAAAAACCCGUGGUGUUUGAAAUAUUUACUUUGCAAUAAGUUACACUAACACUGUUUUUCAAUUUUUAUAGCUGGUGAAAAUAUCAGCAGUGCUUUGCUGAAAAAUAAAAAGUACAUUAAAUCUCCGGUAGAAGGACAACUGGUAUUUGGAAUCUUCAUUAUGGAAGCCUUCACUCAACUGCUUUUUGCUAAGCACAUGAGGUUUGAUGUCAGCACGCUUUAUAUGCGUCAGAAAGCUGUAAUUUCAGCCGAUACAGUUCACAUGGCCUUGAAUGAGGCACACCUCGAAGGAAGUUCGCGGAUCACCACAUCUGGGAAGGGACUCAAAGCGGAACAGGGACCUGGAUCUGGUUCUCUUAUCGGUAUUGCCGGGUCUGGUGCCGGGCAUGGAGGACAAGGAGCUCCAGGAAGUACUGUCGCUGGGGGUUCUGGGUAUGGUUCGUAUGUGUAUCCGGUGCAUGCUGGGAGUGGAGGAGGUGGAAAAACUGGUGGAGCAGGAGGAGGCACUGUUAAGGUAAAGGAAAAAGUAUUCUUAUGGAAUGUUUAUCCUCCCAGAUAUUUUCCCUUUCUCGGGCCAUCAAGCGUAGAUUACUGAGAUCUUAUGUUAAACUUUUAAUUGGCAAAGAAUAAGGCUUUUUUUCGAAUAAGAUGAGAUUUCCUUCCUGUUUCACAGAUUACAAUCGGCUUACUUCUUCACCUCGAUGGUAUCAUUGAAAGCGAAGGAGCCAAUGGUACUUCUAACAGUGGAGGCGGCAGUGGAGGAAGUGUACUUAUAAAAACAGUAAAUUUUUCCGGUCAUGGAAUUCUGACUGUAAAUGGUGGGAGUGGCGAUCGCAACGGAGGUGGCGGUUCAGGCGGACGUAUUGCAGUGCACGUUGCUUGGUUACGAGAGUACUCUGGACUAUAUACAGCUUAUGGUGGCUUAGGUUCGUGUAGAUCUUAUUUAUUAAUUUAUAUAUUUACACUUAUUUAGUAAGUGGGUCGUUUAUCAUCCAUUGUUGAAAGCCUGGUAUGUAACUUUACCGCACAGAGGUUUUGUUGGUUUGUGAUGCUUUAGGCAGAUAUUCAUACAUCAACCAUUCUCAACAUUUUACGUGUCCUCUCCCACUAUAAUAUUGUAAUGUUGGCGGACAAUUAGAUUUUGUAUCACAACAACUUUUUUCGUUUAUUUUAACAGGCUUUAAGGCUGGAGCGGCAGGCACUGUUUACUAUACUGAUACCAAUCAGGGCCUGACUCAUCGACCUGUGUUCAUUAAUAAAGCUAACCAAACGGUGUUUGGCGUGGGUUUCACAAAACUGUCAAUUGACAACAUGAACCGCAAUCCUAAUAUAGCGACAAUUAUCAUAGAUGAAAACAGCUACUACUACGAGGUGGAUGAAUUGGAGAUGAGAAACCAUGGUGUGCUUCAUAUUUAUGGAAGUAAUUCAACUUUUGUUGUCCAUAACUUCACGGGAGAUCGGACAGGCCUUGUUCGCCUUAGGGCGGGACAAAAGAUGUUUGUUCAAGUUGUGGAGUCUACGAAAGGUAAGAGAGGAAAAUUUCAAGUAUUUUGCUGAGGAAAUUGUACAAAUCGGCAACUAAGAGAAACACAGCUUUGUAUUAUCCACGCCUUUCCAAUCCAGACAAGUCCAUGUCUUUCAUGGCUUCCAACACCUAACUUGUUUCCACACCUUCGGACUGAACUUGUCCUCGUUCGUGCCGAGAUGAAAACGUCUGGAGACAGCUAAGACAUUGGGCCAUACCGACAGUAUGGGAGAACAAAUUCAAGCAAAAUGGCUAAUUACAAAGCUUUUGUCAAGUAGACGAUAAACGUACUUUUUCCUUCUUUACUCUUAACAGGCUACAGCGUUGCUCCCGUGAGUUACAAAAUAGACCAAGGAGCGGAAAUAGUCUACCCAUCCCGCCUGACCCUGCUGGGCACCAGAUGUACCAUUGAAGGGCUAGUUGUUGGUGUCCAUCGCCUUGUUGUUGCUGAAGGUGCAGAUGUUGUUUUCGCUUCAACAACCCAGACAGGUGUGUCAGUCAGCCGAUCAAUCAGUCACCUUAUGAACUGAACAAUUAAUUAAUACGUCAAUCGAAAAUGCGUUCCAUACUUUUUACGUCGAUUAAUAAUUGGUCUUAGACCAAGGGGCAAAAAAAUUAAAAGCCCACAUUGCGGCCUUACUACUUUGUCACGGUAAACAGAAAAUUAAAAAACGGACCAAAAGGCAAUUUUCCCACAGAUGUAGGUAAGCUUUCGAUGGUAGCGCAUGGAAGACAAAGAGAUUAACAUUAAUUUCCUUGUUUGUAACCGGUUAAAGGAGGCACAGCGAAGCGGGUAUGCCUGGGUAUGCUUGUAAAUUUUUAUGUUAGGUUAUUUCGAUUUUUAGACCUUAGUAAGUUCAAUCACAUUUAUCUGUUUCCGACAUUUGAACGGCCUUAAGAUUUUUUCGAUCUGCCAUUAUUUAUCACUUAUAACAAAAUAUCCUUUCGUUUUUUUAGUUUUCGUAGUAGAUUGUUGAAGCUAGAAUAAAUGGUCUCUAACAUUUAUUUUUACUUUGAGUUAAACAAAGUAAUAAUUAGGCAACCGCUAAAAUAACGAAUGUAUAGAGAGAUAAGGGAACCGAGAACAAUGUUUACAAGGGACGUGUCACAUUUCCGACACAAUCUAAUCAUAAUUAAAAUUUUCUUGAAUGUCAAUUCUAUUUCAUUUUCAUUUUCUAGUUCGUUUCUAUUGUUUAAAGUAGACGUUUUCGGUCUGCAAAUGAUUAAAUAUCUCUCCCACGACAACAAGCUACAUUUCUCAGUCAAACUCGCUGAUUGGCUGAGAAGUGUGUUUGCAUGAGGGUAUGUAAAUACAGUUGUGGCGUCAUCAUGUUUUGCUGUGCACCCGCUGAUCACGUUAGCACGAUUAAAAGCUUGUACUUUACAAGUUUACACUCUUUACCCCUUUCGUCGACGUUAGAAACUUGAAAAAUCUUUACAAACAUGCUUUAGCAAAAAUGUUUUUCACUCAAGCUGGAAUUUUAAGCAAGAAAAAUCCGUAUUUUGAUGGCAUCUGUUUGCAAAACAAGAACUGAUUACGGAUACAAAACUUCGCUCACAGCAAUUCGCUACUAGUAGGAAUGUCUGUUUUAAUCAGUGCAAGUAAAGAAAGAGUUCUCCUUUUCCAAAUGUAUUUGCUUAAAGUGGUGUGUGUUGCCCUUCUUUGCAUAUCAGUAAUACUUGCCACUUGAUUUAUAUACCUAUUAAUUCAUUUUUACAGGUAUUAAAGAAAACAGAGAAUUUCGAUUCCUUACUUCCCCUGGCAACAUAACCUUUGCUGAGGUGUACGUCCAGAAAGGUUCACGCUUGGAAUUUUCACGUAUAAGCAAUACGUUUAUUUUCACUGCUGUCAUUUUUAGAGUCAACUAUCAAGCGUUGGUCAACAUCAAUCAGGGUGAGAUCGACUCAUCGUGGGCUUGGGUUGAAAGCGAAGGAAAACUUGUGUUAGACUAUACUGGUCACCCGGCGGAGGUGGGCCCUGGAGCGGGUAAUACAAACAAAAAGAUUGGCUCUGGUGCGGGUCAUGGUGGCGAAGGCGGUGUUUUUCAGGCUGGGCAGCCUGGAGGGGAGCCAUACGGCUCUGUAUAUCGUCCUGUUCAUCUUGGAAGCGGUGGUGGAAAUGGGCAAGGUAAAGGCGGAUCUGGCGGUGGGAUGCUUCAUUGGAGAAUUGGUCAGGAGAUAGAGCUAGAUGGGCUGGUUACAUUACGUGGUGGCACUGGAUCUGGAACUAAUGCUGGUGGGGGUAGUGGAGGAAGUAUUCUUAUCGAGACUACGAACUUCACUGGUUAUGGAGAAAUUAAUGUUAUUGGAGGAGAAGGUGCUGGUCCGAGUGGUUCAGGAGGCUCAGGCGGUCGUAUCUCUGCGCAUGUUCGCUUUAGACAUAAGUACGCUGGUGUUUACAAGGCUUAUGGAGGAGGCGGGAAAAACUACGCUGCUGCUGGCACAGUUUAUGUCGAGGAAACUGCACGUGGACCGCAAUAUGCCGAACUGAAGUACGACAAAACUACUAAUAAAACACACGUUACUGCCACGCACAAGUACAUGCAAGUUGACAAUGAAGGUCGUAAAACAGACAUGUCCUCCAUGUUGCUGGAGAGUGAGCACUUAUUCUAUGAACUAGAUGAACUGUUAUUGACUAGACACGCCAACCUGCAAGUAAGACACCCUCCAAGAAGUCCAAAUGUGACUGUCAUUAUUCAUCGUUUUCUUGGAGACGGUACCGGAAGGUUUCAUGUCAGAGUGAACCAAACAAUAUACGUAGAAGUCGUCGAGUCUAAAACCAACGAGACAACAGCACCCUGCAGUUACAAGAUUGACGAAGGAGCUGAAGUUGUGUUUCCCGCUAUAGUUAACAUUUACGGAACCAGAAGUAUCAUCGAGGGUCGCAUCACUGGAGUUGAACACUUAAUAAUCGCAAGUCGCGGAUUUGUUGAGUUCUCGUCUACCUCUCAGACUGCCAGAGUCGAGAAUCGUCGCUAUGUUGAGAUAGACGAAAAAGGUAACUUUUCAUUUGCUACAGUCACUGUUGAAAGAAACUCCAAAUUGACUUUCAGUCGUAUUCUCAACUACACGCUAAGUUUACGAUGCUCUGAGUUCAGGAUCAAGUACGAGGGAUUAAUGACCAUGAAUCACGGUUACAUUUUCUCGGCGUUUGGGUGGAUUGAAAGUGAAGGUAUUUUGACCUUAGAUGGCACGGGCUAUGGCCCGGAAGAAGGGGUCGGGCAUGGAAGGACACAGAACAAUGUGGGUUCCGGGGCUGGGCAUGGUGGAGAAGGAGGGAAAACAGAUUAUGGAGAAGGUGGUAUCCCAUACGACUCAGUGUAUAACCCACGGAUGUAUGGUAGCGGCGGAGGUAAUGGUCAAGGCGUUGGUGGGUCUGGAGGGGGGUCGAUCUUCUGGAUUGUUGGCCAGAGACUUCAAGUAAACGGAGUUCUGUCGUCUAAAGGAACUGAUGGUAAAGGAUCAAAUGCUGGAGGAGCAAGUGGUGGUAGUAUUUUGAUUACUACUACUAACAUGACUGGUCACGGAGAAAUCUCCGUUACCGGAGGUUCGGGAACUGGUUCAGGUAGCGGAGGAUCCGGAGGGCGAGUUGGAAUCCACUGUCGUUGGCGAUAUAGAUAUGGCGGAAAGUUUACCGACCACGGUGGACAGCGAGGUCAAAAUGGCGGCCCAGCAGGUACAGUGUAUAAAGAAGAAAACUUUAGGCCUCUUGAAUACCGUCAUCUGAAAUAUAUGAAGGAAACUAACACCACCAUGUUAGCUGUCGAUCACACUUAUGUGCACAUCGACAACGAUGGCUUUGAUGUUCCGGGAGCGACUGUACUGAUGGAAGAAAACACUACCUACUACGAGUUUGACGAAAUGGAAUUAACUGGUUAUUCACGUCUUGUGCUAUACCACCCAGGAGAUGUCAAUGUCACUGCAGUAGUUCACAAGUUUAUUGGUGAUAAGAGCGGACAGUUUCACAUUCGCCGAGAUCAGAAAAUAUUUGUGGAGUAUAUAGAGUCGGAAACAAACAAAACGGAAGCGCCUUGUAGUUAUAGGAUCGAUGUUGGUGCAGAGAUUAUUUUACCAUCUGAGUUUAACAUGCACGGCACUCGGUCAGUAUUUGAGGGUAUGAUAGUUGGUGUUCGGGAUUUACUGGUCUCAUACGGUGCUGAAGCAGAUUUUUAUUCAACCAGUCAGACAGCGCUAAUAGAGAACAACAAGUACAUUGCAGUAUCAGAGCCCGGAAAUAUCUCAUUUGCUGUUGUUGUGGUAAAGAAAGGUGGUGAUAUUGAGUUCCGUAAAAACACCGGAUUCUUGAGAAUAAACUGCGAUAUUCUAAAAAUCAAAUAUCAAGGAAAAGUAAGUAUGAAUCAUGGUGAGGUGUUGUCAUCGUUUGCUUGGCUGGACAGUCAAGGCCAUUUUAACCUGGAUGUAGGAGGCCAUCCCGCUGAAAUGGGCCCUGGUGCAGGAAGCAGCUUUAUUUUGUCUUAUCAAGUAGGUCGUGGCGCUGGUUAUGGUGGAAGAGGAGCUCGCGAAGGAGGCCCAGCCUACGGGUCCGUUUAUCGACCACUGGUGCUUGGUAGCGGAGGGGGAAAUGGUGGUGGGACGGGAGGAACCGGAGGAGGGCAGCUUCUAUGGGAAGUUGGAAAACGCCUCGAGUUAAAUGGUCUUAUUUCAGCCAGAGGUGGAAAUGGCGUAGGAAGCCAUGCAGGAGGUGGCAGUGGUGGCAGCAUUCUAAUAAAGACAACAAAUAUGACUGGGCACGGGGAGAUCUCUGUAAUCGGAGGAGACGCUAACAGCCAAGGAGGUGGAGGAUCUGGGGGGCGAGUUGGAAUACAUUGCCGAUGGAGGUAUACAUACGGGGGGAAAUUUACUGAUCGUGGUGGGAUUAACCCAGGUAGUAAUGACCAUAGUGCCCCCGCGGGGACAAUUUACAAAGAGGAGAACUUCCGUCCCCUGGAGUACCGCAUACUUAAGUACAGCAAAGAAACGAACACUACGUUCCUAGCUGUAGACCACACGUACGUACACGUGGACAACGAAGGAAGAGAUGUUCCAGAGGCUACUGUUUUGAUGGAGGAGGGGACAACAGAUUACGAGUUUGAUGAGGUACAAAUCUUAGUAAUACGUUUGCGUACCUCUUGCCUUGUUUUGAAACGUAAUGAAAGGCAUGCAUGUGAGAUAAUCCGUAACAUUAUGAACUGUCACUUAAGUCAAGAUGAGUGACAAGCGAUUAGAAAUAAGUUUCAAAUAAAAAAAAGUUAUAAUUUUUGUUCUUUUCAAGAAUCCCUACAUAUCCCGGUGUUCAUAUCCAACAUUUUUUCUCUUUAUAUAGGUGGAGUUAACUGGCUAUUCAAGACUUAUCGUUUAUAAUCCAAACGAGACAAACGUUACAGUAAUAGCUCAUAAGUUUAUUGGAGACAAAACUGGACAGUUUCAUUUACGAGUGAAUCAGAAAAUCUAUGUUGAAGUUUUCGAGUCUGAAACUAACAGAACAGAAGCGCCGUGCAGCUACCACAUCGAUAACGGAGCAGAGAUCAUUCUUCCAGCUGAGUUUCAUGUACACGGCGUCCGAUCCGAACUACAUGGAUUGAUGACUGGUGUGCACUUUCUUUUCCUUGAGGACGGAGCAACCCUGAAGAUAGCAUCAACAGCACAAACAGCCAUAACGGAAAACCGCACCUACGUUGAUAUCACAGAACCUGGCAACUGUUCCUACGCACAUAUCAUUAUCAAGCAGGGUGGCAUUUUGGACCUGGUAAGAGUACGCAAGGUUUUAGUUUCAGUUACUUCAUCUGUGUUUGAGAUUCUCCACAAAGGAAUGGUCAAGAUAAAUCAUGGGAUAUUUUACUCUGCCUUCGCUGAAUUAGAAACGAAAGGUAUCGUGACACUUGAUGGCGCUGGGCACCGGGCUGCUACUGGUCCUGGCGCAGGCUCAACCUCUUCAUAUAACAGAGGAUCUGGCGCCGGCUUCGGUGGUGAAGGGGGCAUAUCGUACAAUAACCACCGUGGUGGUAGCGCAUAUGGCUCUGUUUAUAAACCACUUUCCGCCGGUAGCGGUGGAGGACAGGGAACUGGAAGUGGAGGCGCGGGUGAGCUCUAAAUUUUUUUACAUGUAGUCACGUAAAUGUCGUAAAAACCUACACCAAAGAAAAUAAAUAGCUAUUGCACUGAAAGUUGUUAAAUUCAAGGGCUUCAAGCCCAGGCAACACAAAAGCAAGGUCAUGUGGGUAGCUGAAAAUCUUUGUACUUCGAUCAUAAUUUUGCGGUUAUCAGAGCCAUGAGACGGUAUAAAAAUUCACGAAAAUUGACUUUUGUAAUAAAGACAGAAAAGUUGCGUCAUGGCUGAGAUUGGCAAUUUAAAAAAAAAUACCCUAUUAACAAUACGGUCUCGUUAAGUAGUCAUUCCGACAACGUUAAUUGAAAUAGCUGUAAAUUCCACAAGCAUCCCAAGCUCACGUUACGAGGUUGGAAUGUAAUUUCCAUUGACAUGAGCGAGUCGGUAACGCGUUAUCGUGCUGGUCGAAACGUUGUAUGAGAAAUAAAAUACUGAGGUCUGCGAACGGUAAAUAUCGAUAUAUUUUGCCUUUUUGACGUAUUUGUGUGUGUUUGGGUGUUAAUUCAUCGAUUUAGUCCCUUUUUUGGCCCCUAUAACUCGUGUAAGUCAUAGUCUUACAAGGGGGGGUAAGUAAAGGGGGGGGCAGUAAAGCCAAAAAGUGGACAAAAUCGAUGAAUUCCCAGCGAAACACACGGACAUACAUCAAAGAUAAAUCUUGUUUAUUUAGUUUAUUGAUCAAGAGGUAAAAUAUGUCGAUAUUUAUCGUUCGCAAACCUCAGUAUUUUAUUUCUCAUACAACGGUAACACUAUACCGACUCGCUUGCGUCAAUGGAAAUAACAUUCCAGCCUCGUAACGUGAGCUUGGGACGCCUGUGUAUAUUCUUGAUUUCUAAAACCGAGAAACGUUCUGAUAGGACUAUAGCAUCAUGCCAACCUUUUUUAACUCACAUUGUGUUACACACGAACAGGCAGUUGUUCAGGAUAUUUUUACUUCACUGAAUUUUGAAGGACAAGUGCACAAUAUUCCUUGAGAUCACAAUCUUUUCUCCCCCAAAAUAAGAUUUGGUCCAGCAAACUUAUGCAUAUGGUAUCCGUUCUGAUAUUUUUAUUUGGCAAAAAUAACAAAAUCCUCCCGAAGGCAUGGCGUCUCUCCCGAAAAUAAAAAACUAUAGUAUCUUUUGGAGACUCUGUGCGUUAACAUAAGUUGCCACCAAAAAUAUAAACGUACGUAGCUCUUGAUCUAGACUUAAGGACCACCAAGAGAUAAUGCUGUACCAUUUAUGAGAUUUUCCUGUUCUUGGGAUCCGUUUCGUUGCUAUACCUUUAGUUUUAUCAUGUGAAGCGUCCUCGCCCUUUUCAAAGGGUCUCUUGGCCUUCUUGAAAUAUAAUAUGUCAUUUUACUGGUGUACGCUUACUGUCUUUUAAGGUGGUGGAUCAUUGUGGUGGCAGAUCGGUAAACAUCUUCACCUGGACGGGCUCAUUACAUCUAAAGGAAACAGCGGAAGUGGUACCGGUGGGGGAGGUAGCGGGGGUAGUGUACUCAUAGAGACAACCAAUAUGACUGGACAUGGCGAGAUUAACGUCAAUGGUGGCAACUCUCAAAGCAGUGGCGGCGCAGGCGCUGGUGGUAGGAUUGGAGUGCAUGUUGACUUUCAGAAUAACUUUGGCGGUAAGCACAAACGUUUAUAGAUACCGUUCUCAGUUUCUGAGACGGGUGGUUAAUUCUGUGUAAUUUUUCAUUGGAUACUUGAAGUUUGCUUAUUUUUUCAGUUUCAUUGUAGUUCCAGUUUCGUGCUUUUGUCUUCUAUUUGACCGCUUUCCGUUUUUCGAGGGAACUGUACCGUUGAUGGCUCAUUAGUUCCUUUUUGUUGAGUCCAGAAACCCCUCAUCCGUCUUUCCAAGGUAUUCCCGACCUAUAGAACGGUCGUUUACUCGGAUGUUCAAAAAUUUCUUUUAAAACAUUUUCGUUCGUUUUUCAAUACACAUUUUGCCCUAAGGAUAAAACAGUUGCAAAAAGAGAAGUAUUCUCACACAAGCAACAUCGAGAAAUUAGAUACUUUCCGCUAUUUAAUCACAAUAUUUAUGGCCUAAACGUUAUUAUGCGCGUUAACGUCCUUCUUUUAGGUAAAUUUCGCUCCGUUGGUGGUAUAGUUACUGGUAACUCUGGCAACGCAGGCGCGGCAGGUACAGUUUACAAGUACGAGAGUCGCCGCGGACCACAGUACCGUGAACUCAAGUACAACCCAGAGGCGAACUUAACUUCAUUUAAACCUGAACACGCCAAAGUCAAGGUGGACAACGAAAACAACGAUGUAGCAACUCCAACAGUCAUCAUGGAGAAUCAAACGGUGUUUUACGAAUUCGACGAAAUGCAACUUGAAGGUAGAGCAUGUUGAUUUUUUUUAUUUUUUCUGUCCAAGCCUAAGCUUUAGAUCUCUCGUUACUAUUUAUUGGGUAAUAUUGUUUUCAAUAAUAAUAAGUUUCAUGUGCGGUAAAAACUUCAACAUGAAAACUUACUACUAAACACAGUUUAAAUGUAGUUGUGGAGAGGUGUUCAUUGUUUGCAGUGCGUUAUUUGAUGCACUUUAGAUUUCAUCAUGACUCACGGUUUCCUCAUCGACUUCCACGUUUUUUUUAAUAAUAAUAAUAAUAAUAAUAAUAAUAAUAAUCUAGAUUGCGGGGUAGUCUUACUCUAAGAAAAGCGUUUGUAACAUUUUACAGACAUAUGUAAUGGAAAUUUUUUUAGCAAGGAUUGCAUCUGCUUACAGGAGUCAAUUAUGGUUUCUGCUGGUGGUCCAAAGGCUAGAUAUAAAUUCAGCGGACAGAAAUGUCGACUCUUGAUCCUGGGACUGUUGCUAACUAGUAGCGCUGGCUCACCCUAUUGGGAACAUGUGACAAUCAAUAAUUUGAAUAAUUGUUCAGUCCAGCAGUUUUGGGGAAUUUCCGUGAUGAUUCUAGUUCAUGUAACUUCUCUGUAUACAUUUCAUUGUAGGUCAUUCUACGGUUAUCUUCUACCAUCCGGAAAAAGCGCGAAACGUGACCGUCAUCGCUCAUGAAGUCACCGGAGAUAAAACAGGCAUCGUCAAGUUGAUGGCACGCCAGCGUUUGUUUGUGUUUGUAGUGGAGUCUACCCACACGUACAUGGACGCUCCGUGUGGCUUUCACGUGGAGGAAUACGCCGAGAUCGUGUUUCCAACAGAAGUAGUCUUGCGGGGUGAAACAUCCACUAUCAACGGCCGAAUGACCGGUGUUGAGAAUCUAGUGCUUGAGAGAAAUGGCCUGGUAGAGUUUGGUGGAACAGCGCAUACGGCCAAGUUACCGGAGGAGGCCGAAUGGCUGGCUGAUAAUCCGUUUGAUCCAUUCACCCCUGGGCUUAUAACUGUCCCGAUGCUGAUCAUUAACAACGUAGGUGUGGUCAGAGUCAAAAUGACACCCAUCAGGGCUGUUCUUGAUAUUGCUGACAUUACAGUCAAGAAAGGUAUCUACUUUUCUGUUCUAUUCAUACGUCUUCUUUAUUGCUGUGAAUAGCUUUCCUUUUGUGUGGCGCCACACCUGUUCUCUAUCUGUAACAUUUCUUCCAAACUCCUAUCCUUUCGGCGACAAUAAUUGGUCACGUCACGUAAGGAUAGAAUACCAUUAAAUCAGAAGAGCUCAGCACAUAGAAAUUGCUUUCCAAAGAGGUAUUCGCUCGUUAUAAGAAAGAUUUAGUACAGGUCAAAAACAGUUUCGUGGUUACUCUUUCGUCACGAAUGUUUUUACACUGCUUGAAAUCACUGUCUAAUCGCCUUGUGGUAGUGAACUUAAAUUAAUCUAUGUAUCUUGAAUUAGUGGUGGAAGUUUACGUGUCGUUAGUCAAGGAGCGUUUUAGUAUUUAAAUAUUGCAUAUGUUUACGUGGGCACAAGCAUUAAACAUGCACACAUGGUUAAUUGCAUUUCGUAGCGAAACUAAGAUGAUUCCUCGACGGUUAAAAUUAAAUUUGUAUUUCAUCUCUCUCUACCACAAAAUUACUGAUCUACCGCUUGUUUCAAUAAGCACACUGCAUACAGCCGCGAAUCUAAUUUCAAUAAUAUUUAAAACCACCGUAAAUAAGCAUUAACAAAACUAAUUAAUAAUGUAUGAUUGUUAACUUUGUACUUGGACUACGUUUGAGGUCAACAUAACCCUUGUUUUAUUCCUGGAUACCUCUAACAGUAGGCUCCUUCGCAGCCACUCGGGCCGGAGUCACGCAAUGCUGCCGGCCCCCACGCAGGGGCGAGGGGCAUUGCGUGACUCUGGGCCGAGCGGCUGCGAAGGAGACUGCUCUAAAAGUGAACGUCACGCAGCUUCCGUUCUUCUCUUGUAGCGAGGACAACUUAAAUCAAGAUUACAGUAUCUAUAGGGGUGUCAGAUUUUCUGGGGUGUUGCUAUUAUAAGUUAGAGGGAAUCGGUUCACAUACGAUUCAGCAUAAAAAGGGACCCAGUUUAGAGCGACAAACGAACAAACCGAAAAGGUCGUUUUUUCGACAUUCAAAAAUAAUUCUAGCCGCACGUUUUUGAAGACAAAGAAGUUCACAGGCUUACGACUGUCCUACUUUUCAUACAUCAAAACAGUGGGCAACAGAAAACUGAAAAUGUGAUGGUUCAACAAUUGGCAAUGAAUAUCCCUAAGAUCCCGCUUUUGAAGCCCAAACCGCCCUUCACUCAUGUGUCAAAAAGAACGAGCCUGUGCCACUAAAGGAACUCCAGUGUCAGUGAGAUUUUCUUUUAAAUUUACUUCUUUUGCAUUUCACCAGGCGGUCAACUCAAUCUUGCUACUAAUUACGUGACCAUGAAAGGCGACUAUAUCAUUGUCGAAAGUGGAGGAUUGAUAGACGCGACAGGGGCUGGUUAUACGCCUGGAAACGGACCUGGGUCUGGGUCCGGAAAUACAGGUGGAAGCCACGCCUCCCCGGGCGGAAGAGCGCCCUCAGGAACGCAAUAUGGCUCUGUUUACUGGCCAGAUAAACCCGGAAGUGGCGGCGGCUACGGCGCUGGUGGUGGGUGGGUUUACAUUGCAACGGGCAGUCAUGUGAUCGUAGAAGGAGUGAUCAGAGCCAAUGGCGUCGGGUCAUCUUCAAGUUCCUCUGGUGGAGGUAGCGGUGGUGCAAUUAUCGUAAAAAGUUUGUUCGUUAAAGGCUAUGGAACCAUAGAAUGUCACGGAGGUUUGUUAUUAAAUGAUAGCAUUACGUUUACUUAACAGGUAUAUAUUUUUUGCACGCGAGAAAUUAAGAUACUGGUAGUCUUUACACUAGAGCCUAAAUAAGCUGAGAAAUAUUUCAAGACAAGUAAAUUUUAAAUUCUUCAAGUGAAAGAAAGCUUCACGUGCAACCUAUCUUUUUUACUUCAGGUUUACGUAAGCCUAUUUUCCCACGCAACAUAAUUAAGAUUGAUUGAUAUGCUACGCCCUUCUCAAAGCUUAGAAACCGCAAGUUCGCUAAGUCGGUCUUUAGGAUGGUUUUCAAGUCACUUGAAACUUUCUUGAAUCGUUUUACCUUUCCUACUUUAAUGAGAUGCAAAGUAAGGUUACUUGGAAUUUUACUUAGGCCUUCACACACGCAUUUUUGGUUAAGUGAAACUUAGCGGCUCUUAAGUCUUACUUAACAGCCUAGUGUAAAGACAACCACUGUCUGGGGAAACCUCGUUAGUAAUGGUGACGUAAAAAAUAACUUAACAAACGCAAAGCUAAAGACUAAAAUGUUUGUGCUGGAUGCGAAUGCACUUUUUAUGAUAACGAAUGGCGGAAGUGGACAUAUGGCGUUCAGCUGUAAAGUGCGCGACUUAAAAGCACAUAGGCGUGAACAAAGCACAAAAUAGGGUUUGAACAACAAGGAAAGAGACAAUUGAUUUACUACCAAAUUCUAUCAAACAUUUCAAUUCUUCAUACCUCUGCCACCAAAAGUCGCUUUCCCCCUUUUAACUCUGUGCAAAAGGGUGUAUUUGGAGGCUAAGAUCGGCAUAAAACCCCAGACAAUCAAAUACGUUUACAAUCAUAUUCUUCCAGGUCCUAGCAACGAAGGAGCUGGUGCUGGAGGCCGGAUCGCUGUUCAUCUUAUUGAACGCUAUAUCUUCGGUGGGAAAUUAACUGCACUUGGAGGCACUAGUGGUAGCAGUAGUAGUUACCAUGGCAGCCCAGGGACAGUGUUUGUGAAUGUGACUGUUGGCGAGGACCCUUUCCGCAUGAUACAGGUUGAUAACAACAACAGAAAUACACUGUUGCCGGUUACCCUAGCGGAAACAGACCCUGUGGUGUACGUAUUUCAGAGAAUCCACUUAGUAAAACAGGGAGCAUUAAACAUUAAAGAGGUAAGAAAGAGUUGAAAAUGUGGCUAUUAAAACUCACACCUUAGGGGAUCCAUAGUUUUAUUCAGUCACUGUGUUGUAUUUAUUCUUUGUGGCUUAGAAAGCAGUAAUGAUUAUUUUUCAAUCUCCAUUUUCUCACAAGGUCUCUGGAAAAGUUGCAGAACUGUACGCCAGUAAAGUCACAGGUGACAAGACAGGCAUGUUGAUUGCGUUACCAAAUACCCGGAUAUACGUGGAAACUCACAGCCUUCGCACUGAGGCCCCUGUCAACUAUCGGGUAGACACGGGGGAGAGAUUUUGUUUCCGGUUCGAACAACCCUUCGUGGAGUCGCCUCACCGGGUUUGA